CUCAAGUAUAACGUGUAUAACGGACCUGUGGCUUACGCACUCGCGCGCUUGUUGACUAACAUUGAACUUUUAUAUUAACUCUUCCGGUUUUUGUGAAUUUGUUGAUACUUAUGGCGCUUACUAUGACUUUAGGACAUCAGAACAAAAUGUAUAACGUAAUUCAACAUUCCGCUGCUCAGGGAAAUUGUGUCAUCGUUACCCAGCCGAAAAAUAACAUUGCCAGCAAGAGACCUUUGGCUCCAGCUCCUGAAAGAACUUCUGUGCUUGUUACUAACAACGAUCUGAGAUGUAAGAGAAAAAUUCAAUUCAUGCCUUACGGUGCUCCACCACAACAACCUGCCUCUGUAGCUAGAAGAAACGCCAGGGAAAGAAACCGUGUAAAACAGGUGAAUAAUGGCUUUGCUACCCUCCGAUCGCACAUUCCACCCAGUGUAGCCCAAUCUUUGUCUCCACAAGGACCUUCACAAGGCAGAGGCGCCUCAAAAAAACUCAGCAAGGUAGAAACUCUUAGACUAGCAGUAGAAUACAUUCGAUCCCUACAACAAAUGAUCGAAGAUCACGAAAACGACAUGACAACUAACUCUUCUAUAGCUGGAGACCAAAUUAGUGACACCAGAUAUUACACCAGCAGCCCAGAUUCAACCCAUAUCUAUUCUUCUUAUCCUGUACUACUACCCACCCCUGCUUGCUCAGAAGCUUCAGCAUCACCCACACCUUCACACAGUUCAGAGGGAUCAUUUUCGACGACUCAGAGCUACACGAACGCCUUGUACCAUUCGACCGAAAACUACGAAAAUUACGACCCGAAAAGUCCAGAAGACGAGGAACUUCUAGAUGCGAUAUUUUCUUGGCAGCAAGAAUAACACUGUCCUAUAAGAAAUUGUUUGGCCAGUGAAAUCUAAUCAAAAACUUGCUCCAAAUCAGGAAUUAAGUGCCUUCAUUCCAACGAGUGAUAUUUUCUACAAUAUUUUUGAAGAAUCUCAAGAGUUUAUAAAAUGUUUUUCUAGUCAUUGUUUUUGUAUAUAAAAUUGUAUAUAUUGUUUAAAAUAUAGUUCAUAGGUUCUAUUUUAGUAUAUUCGUUAAACGGUAAAAAAUUCGUUAAUAAACGCAAUAAAAUUUUUAUUCAAUUCCAGAACUGUUAGCGUUAUGGGUACCUAAAACAUUGCUCCCUAUUUUUUGACAAAACGUACUCAAUAUUGUCCUUUACGCUGUUAAGUUGAUAGUUUGUUAAGAGUAUUUUCUUUUGAAAAAUACGUUUGUAAAUAUACUAUUUUUGAUAUACUGCAUAUUGCAAAGAACUUUGUACUGAUC